UGAUUUACUGCUGAACGCAACCACUUAGCAUGUGAACAAAAAAAUUAUAUUUAGGUUAUGUUAUAAUAAUAAAAAUAUAAAACAAUUUAAAAUGAGUUUUGCAGAGCUAGCGGGGGAUGAGCAGUCUGGUGAUAAAUCUAGAACAUUUAUAUUUGAAAAUGAAGGACACACUUUUGGAAACAUUCUCAGAUAUAUUAUUUGUAGCUAUCCAGAAGUUCAAUUUUGUGGGUACACAGUACCACAUCCAGCCGAAUCAAAAAUGCAUUUUCGAAUUCAAACGUACAAUUCACGGGCAAUUGAUAUUUUAAAACGUGGAUUAGAAGAUGUACAAAAAUUAUGUGAUCAUACAAUGGAAACGAUCCAACAUGAAGUUACACAACACAAACAAACACUUCCUACAUCUCUUACAUCCUGAGAAUCUCACGGGAAUUUAGGGGAUCAAAAAAAACAAACAUACAUUUAUAAUUCUAAGUUUAUUUUUAUU